GCCCACACCCUCAGCGCGCGUCUACACCAAAUAGCAGAAGCGGAUAACGGCAACACUUUCUCCCUCUUCUCUGCGUCUCACACUCUCACUCACCACUCCCUCACACUGAAAACCAACAACUUCACCUUCUUCCUCCGCAAUCCAAAACCCUAACACCCAAAGAAGAAGAAGGAGAAGAUGCUAGCAUGUCCUAGCAGCUCCCUCCAUGGCCUCGCCGCACUGCAACGCCAUUCCCAACCCUCUCACUUCCUCCUCUCCAAGCCUCUCCUCUUCCCUCCUUCCUCUCGCUUCGCAGCUUCCCGCAAAUGCAACUUCCGUUCCCUCCUUUCCACCGCUCGCCGCCGCUCCCGCGUCAGAGCUUCCGCCGAGGUGACGGACUCCGUCGUCGGCGAUGGUGGCGUCCUGGAACCGUAUUCCGUGAAGAUUCCCGUCGGUGAUAGACAUAUUUUGGUUGAGACUGGUCAUAUAGGAAGACAAGCAAAUGGCUCUGUUACAGUUACAGAUGGAGAGACUAUUGUGUACACAACUGUUUGCUUGGAUGAUGUUCCUACUGAACCGUCUGAUUUUUUCCCUCUUUCUGUUAAUUAUCAAGAGCGUUUUUCAGCAGCUGGUCGCACUAGUGGAGGGUUUUUUAAGCGAGAAGGAAAGACAAAAGAUCAUGAGGUUCUUAUUUGUAGAUUGAUUGAUAGGCCCCUACGUCCUACGAUGCCAAAGGGCUUCUACCAUGAAACUCAAAUAUUAUCUUGGGUUUUGAGCUACGAUGGAUUGCACUCCCCUGAUUCUUUGGCUGUCACUGCAGCUGGUAUAGCAGUAGCACUUUCAGAACUUCCUGUGUCAAAAACAGUUGCUGGAGUUCGUGUUGGUCUUGUUGGUGAUAAAUAUAUAGUAAAUCCUACAACUCAGGAGAUGGAACACUCUGAGUUGGACCUCUUGCUGGCUGGCACAGAUAGUGCAAUAUUGAUGAUAGAGGGCUAUAGCAAUUUUCUUCCAGAAGAGAAGUUACUUAAAGCUGUAGAAGUUGGUCAGGAUGCAGUGCGAGCUAUCUGCAACGAGGUAGAAGCUCUGGUUAAGAAGUGUGGGAAGCCAAAGAUGUUGGAUGCCAUCACGUUGCCUCCUCCUGAACUUUAUAAACAUGUUGAAGAAAUUGCUGGUGAUGAGUUAGUAAAAGUUCUUCAAAUUAGAAACAAAAUACCCAGAAGGAAAGCCCUUUCAUCAUUAGAAGAAAAGGUUCUGAAGAUACUCACAGAAAAUGGGUUUGUCUCAAAUGACUCAACACUGAGGAGUAAUUUUGAGACCAUUGCAGAGAUUCUUGAGGAAGAGGAUGAAGAUGAGGAAAUAAUUGUUGAUGGUGAAGUUGAUGAAGGUGAUGUUCAUAUAAAGCCAACUCCACGCAAACCAGCCCUUUUGUUUUCUGAGGUAGAUGUGAAGUUGGUAUUUAAGGAAGUUACAUCAAAAUUUUUGAGGAAGCGCAUAGUAGAGGGGGGGAAAAGGAGCGAUGGUCGAACACCUGAUGAAAUACGACCAAUCAACUCUAGAUGUGGUCUAUUACCCAGAGCACAUGGAAGUGCUCUUUUCACGAGAGGCGAGACACAGUCACUAGCAGUUGUUACACUUGGAGAUAAACAAAUGGCGCAAAGAAUAGAUACUCUUGAUGGUGUUGCUGAUUUCAAGAGGUUUUAUCUGCAGUAUUCAUUUCCACCUUCAUGUGUUGGGGAAGCUGGCCGGAUUGGUGCCCCAAGUAGAAGAGAAAUUGGUCAUGGUAUGCUUGCUGAGAGAUCCCUUGAACCAAUUUUGCCUUCUGAAGUUGAUUUCCCUUACACUAUACGAGUUGAGAGUACUAUCACAGAAAGCAAUGGCUCUUCAAGUAUGGCUUCUGUUUGUGGAGGUUGCUUAGCAUUGCAAGAUGCUGGGGUUCCUAUUAAGUGUUCAAUUGCUGGAAUUGCAAUGGGUAUGGUACUGGACACCAAGGAAUUUGGUGGAGAUGGAACUCCACUUAUUCUGUCUGACAUAAUUGGCUCUGAAGAUGCAUCUGGAGAUAUGGAUUUCAAGGUUGCUGGAAAUGAGGAUGGCAUAACUGCAUUUCAAAUGGACAUUAAGGUGGGUGGAAUUACUUUGCCCAUCAUGAGAAAGGCACUCCUUCAAGCAAGAGAUGGCAGGAAGCAUAUACUUGGAGCAAUGAUGAACUGCUCACCUCCUCCCGCCAAAAAGCUUUCCAAGCAUGCUCCUCUGAUUCACGUUAUGAAGGUCAAACCAGAUAGAAUAAAUCUUAUAAUUGGUUCUGGUGGGAAAAAAGUGAAGAGCAUCAUUGAAGAAUCUGGAGUAGAGGCUAUCGAUACAGAAGAUAAUGGCACUGUGAAAAUAUUUGCAAAAGAUCUAUCUAGUUUAGAGAAGUCUAAAGCUAUUAUUAAUAGUUUGACAAUGGUUCCAACUAUUGGUGAUAUAUAUAGGAACUGUGAAAUCAAAUCAAUAGCCCCUUAUGGAGUUUUUGUAGAGAUAGCACCUGGACGAGAGGGACUUUGUCAUAUCAGUGAACUGAGUUCAGGUUGGUUACCCAAGGCAGAAGAUGUUUUCAAAGUGGGAGAUCGUAUUGAUGUAAAGCUUAUAGAGAAAAAUGAUAAGGGCCAGCUGCGCCUUAGUCACCGAGCAAUGCUUCCUGAUACAGAUCCUGACAACUCAAAUGUUAAACAGCCUACUGGCAAACUCACUGAAGAUGCAGAAGAAACUUCAUCAAAAUCACCUGAUAAGGAUUCAUUGAAAAAGGUUUCUAGCACUCCCAAAGUUACAGCCUCUUCUAAAAGGAGUUCAGAGGAUGAUUCUGUACUUCCAUCUAAAAAGUUUGUCAGGAGAUUGGUCAGCUCUUCUCAGGACAACCCUGAUGAAGACAAAACUAAUAAGAGUAGCAACAAAGAAGCUGGUAGUGUCUCUGGCAAAGAUGAAAAUAGUUUGGUUAGUGGAGAGGCAUAAAACCGAUAGCCAAAGUAUUUGCAACUAAAGCAGAGAGAAGUAAUGCUAAUGAGAAAAUUUUGGUUUCACAUGCACAAGAAGGCUGAGGUUGCAAGCUCUUGCAAACAAGCAGAUUAAUGUGAAAUUUUUUUGGAACAUGCUGGAGCCUAAACUGGAAUCCAUGCGACCCUUGCUUCUUUGAAAAGCAGACAACCUUUGCUUAUGCUGGAAAGUGGAAAGGUGUAAGAGAGAACUCUUUGUAUAGUCCGUACAUCUCACUGUAAUGCUUCGGAUGUUUGUGAUGAUGGGAAUUUUGUCUGUUUCUUCUCCCGAUGAUACUCUCUAUCUUCAAUCCGUUGUUAUAUAUUUCAGUCUUGAAUUAUUUUAUGUGUUGCUUCCCUCCUGAUUUGGAGGUAUCAAAUGUAAAUCUAUGUAACAACAGUUCAAGGGAGAGGGAUGAACAUCACAUUGUAUUUAUUGUCAGUUUUACUUAAUUAAAAUUUUGAUAUUUCGAUACUCCAAAUCGCAAGUUUUGCUGUGUAACCUCACUGGUUAUUAGACUCUAUUUAUUUAUUUUUAUAUAGAAGUCAUUAGACUUGUUAA